AUGACCUUAUUGGAAGUGAAUGCUCAAGAUUAUAUGCAAAGAUCUGGUUCUGAUAAUGCAACAAUUAGUCGAAUUGAUCUUAUUGUUGUGAAGAAAAUUAUAGAACUACAUCCUCGAAUAACAGUUUAUAAUUUCAUUACUGUUGAAAAAGAAAGUUGUACUUCUAGUUCAUUAACAUUUGCAGGUCACAACACAAUGUAG